UCUCUAUAAAGAGAAGAUGCAGCUCAGGCGCCUUUGAGAUGAUCGCAAGGAUUUACUGCGCGCCACUCUGCUUCUAACUUCGGACGGUCAUCCUCGGCUGCUUCAACACUAAAUGAUCUGGACCGCUACCACACUAGAAGUAUUGACGUAGUGGACUGAGGGACAUUUGAAUGACGCGGGAUUUCCCAGUGUACUCUGCCAAAGUGUCUCAGUCAUCCGAGACCCGAAUGUGAGCAUCUCUUUUCUUCUGCGCUCCGAGCUGCAGUUGAGACUUUGUACGUCUUCGCCUCUCGGCGCAGUUCGUGUUGCAGGUGCGUGGAGGAGCGCGAGGACAGAUGGCUGCGCUGGCGAUACAAAGGACUGACAACUUUUUACACACCUUUUUACAGGACCGGACGCCCAGCUCGUCUCCAGAGGGAGCACCCAACGCCCUCUCCUUCCUGGCCACCACCUGUAGCCAGGCCUGGCAGGUUGGAGGCGCUAUGGGCUCCGAAGGCUCCCAGUUCCCCUACGAAAGCACCGUCAGCUCCACAUCAGGAAUGUUCCAGCUCUGGAGCAACGACAUUGCGCCCAGCACAGCCCUCAGCACACACCAGAUGACCUUCACAGUGCCUAAGGUGCAGUUCCCGGGACACAUGCAGCCUGGUCUGGGUCACCAUCAUCAUCAUCACCCCCAUCAUCACCACCACCAUGAGCUGCCUCUCACCCCUCCAGCUGAACCUCCCUCUUACUCCUUCGAACUCUCCCCUGUCAAAGUGCUGUCUUCGCAGUCGCAGGCCACCGGCCCCUAUUAUCCUCAGCACAACAGUAUGGGACAAAACUUCCCCAGCUUCAUCCAGAACUCCUCAGCCAGGCACCACCUGGCUGGAGGCCAUGUGGACGAAGGACAGCAGUGGUGGAGCCUACCCCAAACCAACGCCCCCACCACCAACCAUCCCUUCUCCCUAGGCAGACAGCUGGUUUUGGGCCACCAGCCCCAGAUAGCUGCUCUUCUCCAAGGCACCUCCAAGGGUCUGCUGAGCUCCACACGCCGCUGCCGCCGCUGCAAAUGCCCCAACUGUCAGGCGAAUGGUGGGGGGUUAGAGUUCGGAAAGAAGAGACUGCACAUCUGCCACAUUCCAGAGUGUGGCAAAGUGUACAAGAAGACCUCUCACCUCAAGGCACAUCUGCGCUGGCAUGCCGGGGAGAGGCCCUUCAUCUGCAACUGGCUCUUUUGUGGUAAAAGCUUCACCCGUUCAGACGAGCUACAGCGGCACCUCCGCACACACACCGGAGAGAAGCGCUUUGGGUGCCAGCAAUGCGGCAAGAGGUUCAUGAGGAGUGACCACCUCUCCAAACACGUCAAGACCCACCAGACCAGGAAGAGCCGGUCUGGGCAGCCUUCACAGAGCACGGACCCUCUGCUCACCAAUAUUAAGAGAGAGUAAUCUCUGCGAUCCAUCAUUCAAAAAUAAUAAUCAACAAUGAACAGACUGUGUGACUUACACUUACUGCCAUAGGUUUGCACUCAAGGGUGAGCAUCAAGCUGCCCAGAAAUCUCCUCUUCUCAAAGCCCUACUUUUGACUUCAAGUAGUACAAUAAAAAAUACAUUUGAAGACCAGUUUUAAUCCAAGUAAUUGUGUGCUGGUUGAGGCACCUUUCAAGAAUACUUGAAGCCCUUUUCAGUGAUAUUGUGAGAGUUUUGCUGAAUUCCGUGUAAUGCCACACAACCAGAUUCCCCCUGAAACAAAACAAAUGUUAUGCCUUUAACAAUUUAAGAUUCAAAUGAAUUUUAAAGUCAUACAAUUUCAACUGAUGUGAAAAAUCAAAACAUUUUCAGCAUUCAUUUUGUAAAUAUUUUGAGAAGGAUGUAACAGAAUUGAGAGAAAUCCCGCAAGGUUUAUCUUAAUAUGUUGUCCAUAUUAUGUUCAAAAUAAAUGUAUGCCUUAGUACAUACAGCUAAGGGUUGCUGUUAAUUAGAUUUAUUCCAAAACACCCUCAUUUGUCAGCUUUAAGGAUCUUUUUUGAAAUGUAAGUCUUUGAUCUACAGAUUUAUCUUGUCUAAGCAGUCAUGUGAAGCACCGUUGCUCCAGAUCAGCAAACAUUUUAAAUGUUUCAAUUCUUUGUAAAUUAUGUACAAAUAUCAUUAACAAUUUUAUUGAGGUUAUGGCCGCAUGUAAAUUUGAAUAAACAUUGUCCUUGCUGA